AUGAAUUUGGCCCAACUAAUGCUGCUGCUUGAUAAGUUUACCAAAACAUUUGAAGAUGCAACAACUAGAAAAAUCAAUGCAGAUAUAAUAGGAAAAAAGAAACUAAACCUCAUAACCAUUUCUAAAUUCAAUAGAAGGAAAAACAAAGACUUUAUAGAAUGGUUUGAGUCCUUUGAACAAGCUGCUGAAACCAACAAUUGGAGCAAAAAAAGAAGGAUUACAAUUGCUAUGGGAGAGAAUGACAACUUUUACGCUGCAAAAUUCAAAAGACUCUUGUGUAGAGUUGAAUUCAGUAGAAAACUUCUCUCUGCACAUGUGGAAGCAGAUGACUACUAUAGACAACAAGCAGCAGUACACCAAGCAUCUGUAAAAAUUAAGGAUGAUAUGAAAAACUUGAUAGAAAAAAUAAAUAAGUUAACAAUAAAUUAUGCCAAUAUGACAAACUCGAUUACACAAUUAACAAAAUAG